AUGUUUGAUAAGUUACCUUAUGAGAUUUUUAAACAAAUUGCCUGGAGAAUUCCGCAGGAAGAUAAAAUUUCGUUAACAUAUGUAUGCAAAAGAUCCUAUGAAUCAAUUAUACCUUUCAUCUACCAGAAUUUAUUUCUUAAUGAAACCUAUCACAUCAAUGGUGACUAUGAUAACUCAUUUGGAACCUGUUAUUGGUCUGUCCUAAACUUUCACUACAUAGAUGAAGAUGAUUCCAAUACUAAAAACGACAUGUCGAAUAGAAGACUAGCUAAAGUGAAAUUUAGUUAUUUCGAAAGAACAUUAGCAGAGUCACCGAAAAGAUUAUGUCCCUUAAUUAAUCGAAUACGUUGUACAUGGCAUUUAAAUGAAGAUGUGAUGACAAAUGUACUUAAAUUGCUAUCCGAGUAUGGAUCCAAUUUGAAAUUUGUCGAUCAAUUUGUUCGCUCAUCAGUUAACAAGGGGCUAGAACCUUUAUCAAAGCAAUUAAAAACUCUAACAUUAACGCCACCAACGUUAAUGCCCACCCAUAACAGUGUAAGCGGUUCUUAUUUGAAUAAAAUUGAUCGGUUGCUCUUGAAGUGCGAUCUAUCUCGAUUAGAAAAACUUUCCAUUCAUAUAAACGCAUUGAAGUACUUCAAAAAUACCGGGUCUCCUAUGAAGAUCAAAGCAUUGGUAUUAAAUUUGCGACCCGACACACUUAACCUUGCGGAGUACGACGCUUCCGAUGACUUCUUAAAAGAGCUAGAAUACAUCGACAUAUUUGAUGCUUCCACCUUAAGGCAGCUAGAGAUUUUGUCUUGGUACAGUCGCGACGAUUUUCCCUCUGGCGAAGAAGGUGGUUUUGACAGGUUAUAUGUCAAAUGGGGGCUAGAAGGAUUUUGGAAAUUUCCGAACAUUGAGAAACUAUCAUUAGCGUCAUUGGUUUACAGCGAAUUUUUUCUAAUGAAUUGUUUGGCUGUGUUUCACAAUUUAAAGAUACUGAAACUUGAUUACAUGGGUAAAUUUGACUUCGAUGUGUCGUUGAUUAACUUCUUAUCUAAACAAGUGUGUGGCAAAAAAUUACAGCGUUUUGACAUACACUGCCAACUAAAUCACAGGCUUUUUUUUCCCAUGACAGAUAACCCACUAACUCGCUUGAAUUUCGAUGGUUUCUGCCCUUGUUCAACUUGCAAAAAUACAAUUCACGAGGUCAUUCUAAAAAAAAUCUUUCCUGAAACCCGGUCAAAACUUUUAAAGAACCCAAAUAAGUUCCAAGCCCAUAAUUUCUUUUACCAAAUGUUUUUCGAGAACAAGAUCAUGCCCUAUACAAACAUUAUUGACAACGAAUCACCUGCGAUGGGAUGGGAUUCUGUACCUAUUGAAACGUUUGUACGAAAGUUCAAUGAAAAUCUGCAAAGCACCAUAGAAAAUACUGAGAAUAUUACAGUGAAUAAAAUUACUAGAGAAGAUGCCAUUAGUUUGUACCACUUAUACCUUCAUUAUCUAAAAGACGUAUUUAAAGUUUUUGAGCAAAGUUUGCCGAACUUAGAAUAUCUAACCAUCAACGGUAUACCUACAAAAAUAAUACAAGUGGACGAGUUACAACGAUGCGCGGUUCCCCUCUUCUAUAAUAAUGGCUAUAAAAGCAACUCUGUUUAUGAAUUGGUGGACGCAGAAGCUCUAUUUAGUUGA